UCUUCCCGGCACGGCUUCGCCAAUGGCACCCCAAUGACGCUUGCUUCUCUCUCCCCACACCGUCCUCCCACACCUCCGCCCGCCGUGGGGCCAGCGGGAGGGCAGCGCCCCUGCGGCGGGGAAGAGGCUUCCCUGGUGGGGGCUGGGCCAAUGAGAACGCGGCGCGGGAGGAGCGUGGCCGGGCAUUGGCGCGCUGGACGCAGGUGGUGGUGGAAACCGGAAAGGCAAGAGUAAGAAAUGGCGCCAGAUGCUUCAGUUCCCCCACAUCAGUCUCUGUGAGGACCUUCGACAAAGCCUGGAGCGGGACUACUACAGCCUGUGUGAGAAGCAGCCCAUCGGGCACAUGCUCUUUCGGCAGUUCUGCGAGACACGACCUGAGCUGUCACGCUGCGUCAAGUUCCUGGAUGCCGUGGCAGGGUACGAAGUGGCUCCAGAUGAGAAGCGGAAGGAAUGUGGGCAGCACCUGAUUGAAAAGUACUUGAAGCCAAAUAGUGAGGACCAUGUGCCUGAAGUCCCCUCACAGCUGGUGGAGGCCUGUUGUGAGAAACUGGAGCAGGAACCUUCCAAGGAGCUCUUCAAGGAAUCCACUAAGCUUAUCCACGACUACCUGAGUGUGGCUCCCUUUGCUGACUACCUCGACAGUUUGUACUUCAACCGCUUCCUGCAGUGGAAAUGGCUGGAACGGCAGCCAGUGACCAAAAAUACUUUCCGCCAGUAUCGUGUGCUUGGCAAAGGCGGUUUUGGGGAGGUUUGUGCCUGCCAGGUGCGUGCCACAGGGAAGAUGUAUGCCUGCAAGAAGCUGGAGAAGAAAAGGGUCAAAAAGCGGAAGGGAGAGGCCAUGGCCCUAAAUGAGAAACAGAUCCUGGAAAAAGUGAACAGUAGGUUUGUAGUGAGCUUAGCCUAUGCAUAUGAAACUAAAGAUGCUCUCUGCCUAGUGCUGACCCUCAUGAAUGGAGGGGACCUCAAGUUCCAUAUCUACCACAUGGGAGAAGCUGGCUUUGAGGAGCCCCGGGCAGCAUUCUAUGCUGCCGAGAUCUGCUGUGGCCUCGAGGACUUGCACCAGGAGAGGAUAGUGUACAGGGACCUGAAGCCAGAGAACAUAUUGCUGGAUGACCAUGGUCACAUCCGUAUCUCAGACCUGGGGCUGGCUGUGCAUGUGCCAGAGGGCCAAACAAUCAAGGGCCGUGUGGGGACAGUUGGCUACAUGGCUCCAGAGGUGGUAAAGAAUGAGCGUUACACCUUCAGCCCAGACUGGUGGGCUCUGGGCUGCCUGGUGUAUGAGAUGAUCGAGGGACAGUCGCCCUUCCAGCAGCGCAAGAAGAAGAUCAAGCGGGAAGAGGUGGAGCGGUUGGUGAAGGAAGUGCAGGAGGAGUACUCAGAGAAGUUUUCACCCUGUGCCCGCUCCCUCUGCACCAUGCUUCUGUGCAAAGACCCUCUGGAGCGCCUGGGGUGCCGAGGUGCUGGGGCCAAGGAAGUGAAAGAACACCCUCUCUUCAAGCAUCUCAACUUCAGGAGGCUGGAAGCAGGCAUGCUGGACCCUCCAUUCAAGCCAGAUCCCCAGGCUAUCUACUGCAAGGAUGUUCUGGACAUCGAACAGUUCUCCACAGUGAAAGGGGUGGAGCUGGAGCCCACAGACAAUGACUUCUACCAGAAGUUUGCUACAGGAAGUGUGUCCAUUCCUUGGCAGAAUGAGAUGAUUGAGACAGAGUGUUUUAAGGAGCUGAAUGUCUUUAGCACAGAUGGCACAGUGCCCCCUGACUUAGACUGGAAGGGGCAGCCUUCUCCACAGCCCAAGAAGGGCUUGCUCCAGUGCUUAUUCAGCAGACAGGACUGUUGUGGAAACUGCAGCGACAGCGAGGAAGAGCCCACCCGGCUGUAGAGCACAGCUUGUUCUCCAGCCCUUGGCACCCCCUUGCCUCUCCAGGUGCUCAGCAGAACAGCCCAGCCUGUGAAGGACAAGGUAGCAACGGCCUCACGAGGUGGAUUUGUUUACAGCUCUACACGUCCAUAUUUGAAGACUGUGAGGAUGACUCCAGGGCUGGUGGCAGCACACAGCUUGGGUCGAGGUGCCUCUGACUGCUGGCAAGCCCUCGUCUCCAAAACAGGCCUGGACACUUCUCAAGCUGCCACUUGUAAUUGUGCCGCUGCAGGCUGCCGGCUGUUGCUCCCCUCCUGAGCCCAGGGUGGGAGGGAAGAAUUGCACUGGCGUGGGCUGAGGCCAGACUGGAGCAGCUCUGCUGACACAUUCCACGGUGCCAAAGUGGCACUGCAGGUCUGGUGUAUAUUUAUAUAUGUUGGUCUGUACAUAUCACAUGUCAGUUUUUAAUCUAUAGGGUGGGGCCUGCACUGCCCCCACCCUGUCACAGGCACAAAUGUCCUCCUAUGGGGAGAGUGACUGUCCCAGUUUUGUACCAGGGAGUCCUGGGCAGAGGCCUUCUGUGCCUUGAGGUGCCUAAAGCAUCUUUCCUCCCUGAGGAGUCCCUGUCUCCAUCAGAGUCCUCUGCUCAGCCCCUAGGCACAGAAACUGCUGUUCCAAAGCGCCUGCUUUUGCGUCCCGGCAGCAGGGCGUCACUGCCUCAUCUUCGCUUCCCUGUCUGCUGGAGCCUGUUUCCUCCUGCCUCGUCUCACACAUGCUGCCAGGUCUGGGAAGCCAAUCCUGGCCCCCCUCUCAAAACCAACAGCAGGCAGCCCGUGGCCCAGUAAGACAUGGCUGCUCCCACAGCAUCUGCUCAGAAGUUACCUGCUGCUGGGUCCAAAGGGUUGGUCUGAUCCCCAGUGUGAUGCAGGAUGGUCCCAGCUCAGUUCCACCAGCUCUGGACCAGCCAUCCAUUUGUGCUAGAGGUGCUGCAGUCCCCAGGCCCUGAUGUCGGAGGAGCAGACACAUAAGAGACCCUGCUUUCAGGGAGCAAAGCUGUGGUAAAGAGAAUGCCCCUUCCUAGGGUCACACUGAGCUGUAGCCCAAGAGUGAGCAGGGCUGAGACUAGCCAGGCUGCCAUACUGGCUUUGUGUACAUAGCCAAGGAUCCUGGGGAGCCAGCACAGCUCUUGUGCCUAAGAGCAGGGCAGGAGUUGGGAGGGACUGGAGCCCAGCAUGUCCCUCUGGAGAGCCUUGCGGGGCUCAUGCCACCACCUUGUCUGGUUCCCUUUUGUGCACACUUGUGCCAAAUGUAUCUGUUCUCUGUGUGUCUCUUUGUGUAUGUGCACAUGCAUGCACGUGUGUGCAGCGUGCUGCCUUGUGCUCAUUCUGAGCCAGGCCCCCCGGGGGGGCCGAGCACCUACUUGGACCUGUGGUAUCAUUCGCUUGCCUUGCACUAAAGUUUGAGAGUAUUUAAGUUUUUAA